AUGUUAUAAUUGGUACCUUAAAAUCAUGUUGAAAUGAUGAAAAAUAACUUAAAAACAAAUCAAUACAAAUUAUUUGAGGCAAUAGAGGGACAACAAUAUCAAAUGGCUCUAAAUAUUUUGGAUGAAGUAAAUUCAAGAUAAACUUGGAUUAGUGGGAUUUACUUAAUAAUUAAUGGAUAUGAAUUAGAUUAAAAUAGCAUAAAUAAAUUCUAGAAAAUACUAAAAGAGUCAGAUGAAGUUGAAAUUACAGAAUAUGAACAAUUAGCAUUGACAUAGAUAUGUUAAUAAAUAAUGAAUAUUGAAAUGAUCAUACUUUUACAUAAACAUAAUUUAGAUGGUUGGUUUUAGUUAUCUCCAAAGAUUCAUCUAUUUUUAAGAAAAUCUAUCCAUCCAUUAGUACCUCAAAUCUAUAUUAAUUACUAUAUUAAGUAAAAUAUAGAAUUAUUAGAAUAACAUGAAUAAUCUUUUAAUGAAGACUUCAUAUGGACAUUAUAUGAUUUCAGAACAUUUUACUAAAUGAUGCCCACGAAUAUUAUACAUCCUUAUUAUCAGCUUAUUUAAAUUUCUAUAUACAUUAGAAUGCUUGAUUUGGAGAAUGUUCCUUGCCCUAUUUCUCCAUAAACCAUUCCUAUUCAAUAUAAAACAAAAUUGCAAGAAAUUCUCAAGAAAUUGAUACAUUCUCCACAUAAAUAAUGUCUAGAAUUAUACAUAUGUUGCCUAAUUGAAAUUGGGUUAUUAGGAAUUAUAAUAAAAAAUAUGGCGUCAUGUUUAACUUAAGAAUAGAUCAAUUAAAUAAGAAAUUCAUUCUUAUAAUCAGCAUAAUAAUCUAAUUUUAUAAUAGAUGUUGAAGUUUUUAAAUUUUUAGAUGAUAUUCAAUCGUUUGAUCAAGAAAUCAAAUUGGAAUUUUAUAAAAAAAACCCAUAACUGUAUGAAAACAUAGAAUCUUUGAGUGUUUUCAAUGAUCUAUCCAUAAUUAAUGGAUUAAUGCAGAAUUUUAACAGUAUAGAGAAUCAAUAAGUAUGAAUCAAUAUCUUUAAUUUAGAAAGUGAUUUAAUAAUUAGCUUAAUAUAAUACAAUACAUUCAUUAAAGGCUAUCUGGUUAUUACAUCUUGAUGGAACUUUUCCUCAUCUAUCCAAUGAUAAUAUUUAGGAAUUCAAAUUAAAUAAUUUCAAAUGUUUAAAUAUAUUUGAACAUAUUUAAUAUAAAUCAAAUUUUGAGCAUUUGAUUGAGGCCUUAAGAGUAACUGCCAUUUGUAUCUGGACUGAUAGGAAUAUUAAAUAAUAUGAAUUAGAGAAUAAAUAAUUGUUAUCAAUUAUUAAACAGACUAUAACAAACUAAAAUUGUUAAAAUAUAUUUAAACUUUUGUUUAGUAUUUCAAAUGGAGUUUUUGAAGAUUAUUAUGAUAUUUAAUAAAUUUCAAUUCAAGUUCCAUAUUUCUUAGAAUUAUUAACAAUUCUAUUAUUUGAGUAAAAUGUAGAAAAUACUUAAAAAUAAUUUUAUUUAUAGUAAUUAACAGUCUUGACAUAAAACCUUGAAAAUAUACUUAUUAUUAUGAAAAGUUCAUUAGUUGAAAGACUUAUUUUUUUCUUAAGAAUAGAAAGUGUUUAUUAAGAAUUAAUAAUCUAAACAUUAAUAAAUUGCAUUAAAAUAAGAUUUUCAGUGUCAUAUUUAUAAGCAAUAGCUUAAUUUAUGUCACCAUAUUAAUCAUUAAUAAUGAUACCAUAUAUUGAAGAAUAAUCAAAAUUAAUAUAAUAUAGAAAAAUAGCAAAUAUUUUAGGUAUUCCUUCAUAGUCUAUAUAAUGUGGAUCAUCCUAGUAAUAAAAGUAUUUUUAAGAUCAAAUUGUUAACAAAGAUCUUUUUUUAAAAAAUUCAACUCUUUUGCUUUUUUGUUUAAAUAGGGUAAUUUCAAUUUAAAAUGAUUAAUAUUAUUAUUUUACAGGAAAUGAAAGUGGCAUAAUCGUUAAGGGAAAAAUGCAAUUUGAAACCCAAAACAAUAUAUUCUCAAUUAUCAUCUAAUUCAAAUGUUAAUUAAAAUAAUCAACUCUUCUAAAUUGGGGUAAUUAAGAUGUAAGCUUUUCAGUUGCAAUAGAAGAUCCUUAAUUAUUGAGUAUUAGAUACAAAUAGUUAGAUAUAUUAAAAACAGCUAAAUAUACUUUAAAAUAUUAAGAGAAUUUUAUUGUUAUAAACUUCAAUUAAAAUCAAGUUUUUUAAGUUAAUAUCAAUGGAAAUGAUGUUUUGCCAAGACAAGCUGAUCAAUUCGACAAUUUUUAAAUACCUAUUUUAAAUUUUUUUACUGUUGGUGCUAAAGUAACUGAAUAAGAAUCUUUAAGUGAUUCUUUUAGAGGAGAAAUGAGGUUGCUCUAUAUUUUAGAUUAAAAUAUUAAUGCAGAAGAAAUGUACAUUUUAGAGAAGAAAUCAUAGAAUAAUUCUGUUUUAUUUUCAUAGCUUCUUAAAAUGCAAAUCAAAGGUAGAGUUUUAUUAUACUUAAACACUUAAUCUUAAAAGCAAGAUUUAUAAUUUGAUGGACUCUUACAUUAAAAUAAUAAAGUCAUCAUUGAAAAUUGCUAAUAUUUAACAUUAAGAGGAAGAAGAUAGAAAUAAACAAAAAUAUCCAAAUUUAUGGGAAAAAUUUUUUAAUAAAGGAAAAGUUAAAAUGCUUUAGAAGUUUCAAAUUAAAAGUCAAUAAAUGUAUUAUUUUUAGAAAACACAACUUUACUUGAUGUUAUGAAAUCUUAUGGAAAUUUAGAUAUUCUAUUCUUUCCUUUGCAUAUUAUAAAUGAUCCUCAAUGUGUAAUUAGUGUAUUAUAAUUACUUAAUACAAUAAUUCAAAAAUUUGGUGAUGACAAUUCAAUAUAAAAUUACUUAAGAUCUGAUUCUUCUUAUAAAGGCAUAAAAGUAUUGGGCUAUUUAUUAAUAGUUCAUAUGAAAACAUAAGGAUGCUCAAUUUAAUUAUUGUAGUAAAUAUUAAAUUUCUAUAAUUCAUUGUUACAAUGUUAAAUCGUUUAAAUAUUAAAGUAUGAUUGUAUGUGUAUAUAUCAUGAAUUUGAAUUUUGGUAAUAUUGUUAAUACGAAAUUCUGCUAUAUCUUUACUCUUAUCUAUUUGAACAGCUGUAAAAUAAUGAAGAAUUAUUUAUUUAUUUCAAAGAUUAAAUACAGGUCUUGCACUAUAUUUUAUAAAUUUAAUUAAUAUGUUAUGAAGAGAAUAAAGGAGAUCAGCAAACCUAUAAUUAAAUUAGAAAGAUGGUAAUAAAAUGUAUUCUAUAUCUUAUGUAUAAUCCUUUUUUGUAAAUGUAAUUUAGUAAUGAUCAGAUCUUGCCAAUUUAGAUAGAAUUAAGAGAUAAAAGAAACGCAUCUAGUGAGAAAUUAUAAGUCUUAAAAAACGAAAUAAUUUUGAUAUUAAAUUAUUUAACUUUAAAAACAAUUAAUGAUCUAGUGAUUAUGUUAGGUUUUAUAUUUAAAAAACCUUAAAACACUUUAAUUUUAGAGUUAUUAACUGAUAUUCGAUAAGGUAAUCAAACAUCUCAAAAAGAAUCAUUUAUAGAUGUGAUGUAAAAUCAAUUUGCAUUAAAAAUAGAAAAUGAUGAUACUCUAUUAUAAAUAAUUUUCAAAAUAGUUUAUGGUGUAACUAUCGAAAUGAUAAAUCAGAAUACUUUAGAUGAUUUAUUAUUAGGUCCAUUAAUGGAUAUUUUAGUAAAAGCUCAAAUUCAUUAAAUAAAUUAUGAAUUCAAAUUGUUAGAACUUUAACAAAAUAAGAAUUCAUAAUAAUAAUAAAAAGCUAAAGAAUACAGUGCUAUAAAAUCUUUAUUCAAUAAAAUAAAUUAUAUAUUAUUUGAAUUAAGCAAUAACUUAAUUUGUAGCUAACAAACAUUUUAAGUUAUAAUUUCUGUAUUAUAUUUAAAUUUAUUUAGAUUAGCUAUCAAAUCUGGUCUUGAAAUAAGAGUUGAAUCUAGAAAAAGAUGUUUUAAAUAUAUUAUUGCAAAACUUUACAUUAUUUAAUGGUGAUACCAAAUAAUUGAUAAUUGAUUUUUUUCUUCAAUCAUAAAAAUACACAUCAUUUAUGACAAAAUUGUGCAAUCAUAAAGAACUUAUGAAUUUCAUUAGAGAAUUAAUUAAUAUUGAGACAGGAUAAACGUUAAUAAAUUAUAUUGUCUUACAUCACAUUGACAAUAUUGAUUUUUCUGCUAAAAAAAUACUUAAGUUAUUUAAUAUGAUACAACAACAAAAUAAUUAAUUUAUGAAAGUUAUUUUGACAAUUUUAUUACUUUAAAAUAAUUCUAAUGAUAAAUAAAAUUAAAAAUCAGUAAUUGCAUUACUAGAUUUAUAUAUGUUAUUACCAACUGCUCUUAUAUAAAAUAGAGGAAUGAUUUUAGAUGAUCCAGAAUUAUUUGUAAAGGUCUUUUAUGAAUAUAUUACUUAUUUAUAAAAAUAGGAUAUGUUGAAUUCAUUUUAUCUUGAUACUGAAUUUAUAGGAUUUUAUGAAUAUGAUCCUAAAUCCUUUUUUUGCUUUUAGUAAAAUGAAGUGUAAAAAAAAUAUAUUUAUCCAAAUGGAGGAGUGAUGGGAGUUACCUUAUUUAUUUUAUUUUAUUCUUUUGAAUGUUUAAUUUAAAAUAAGGAAGCUAAACAACUUUUAGUUAUUUGGAAGAAAUUAUUAACAGAAAGAUAAAAAUGUUAAUUUUAACAUAAUUCUUAAACUCUAAUAAAUAAUGAUUAAAUUCCUGCUUAAUAAAUUAAACUUAAAAAAAUUAAGGUAAAAUCAUAAAAGUCAACUUUAGUUUAAAAAUUUAAAUAAUCAGUGUUCGGUGAAUAUUAGUUAACUCAAUACGAUAAAUAUUUUUAAGAUAUUCACCUUUUUCAUAUCUUAAAAUUCUAAAUUCUGUCUAAAAAUUAUUCAUACUCUGAAGAACUUUAUGAUAUUUUUGCAUCAAUUAAGUACAAAUUUGAUAACUUUUUAAAUUUUCAAUCUUUUUGGUAAAUUGUGGAUUCAAAUAUUUCAUAAAAUUAAAGUAUAAAUUUAUCAACAAAGAUUAAUUUAGAAAAUUUAUCAUUAAACACAUCAAUUGAAGAAAUAAAUGAGAGAGCUUAUCAUCUUAUUACAUAAUUUAAUCAAUAAACUUAGUAAAUAUAAUAAUCAAUUUAAUUAAAUGGUAAAUUAAAUAAUGAGGCUAAGAAAUUUUUGGAUCUCAUAAAUAAAGUGAAUUCACCAUUAAAAUAUUUAGAAUUAUUUAAAGAACAAGAAGAGUUAAUUUAAAAGAGUUGUUUUUAUCUUAAUUUAUAUUCAUUUAGAUAAAUUUAAUUUGCAUAAGAAUUAAGUAUUUUAUUAAAUAUAUAUUCAUUAUAAAAUUAGAAUAUUGAUUAAACAGAAAUUUCAUCAAUGAAUAUAAAUAUUUAAUAAUAAUUUUUACAAUAAUCUUAGAAUUAAUAAUAAUUGUUUGACUUUCCAAAGAUUUCAACAACUUUAUUUAAUUAAUAUAGACAAGAAUUUUUGUAAUAUAUUCAAAAGUUCGAAAAUGAAUUGAUAAUAAAAUAACUAAUAAUUUAAUUCAAAGUGAAAAUGCAUUAUAAAUAAAACACACAUAAAAGAGGAUUGUGGUAUUUUAUGAAUUAUGGAGAUGCUCAUUUAUAUGAAUAAUUGAAUCAUUAAAACUUGGAAUAAUUUUUGGAAUUAUUAGGAAAAGAAAGAUAUUCUAUAAAUAGUUUUGAAGAUAGUAUGAGAAGAAAGAUGUUUUUGAAAGUAUUUGCAAAAUAAAAAAAGACAUAUGAACAUAUUUAAUUGAAUAAUACUGCAUUAAACAUUUUUAAUGAUUUAUAUGGUGGAUAAUAAUUAGUUUAAUAGAAGGAUAAGAAUUAGAAUAUUUAGAAUAGUAGUGAAAAUUAAAGAUUUAAGGCAGAAUUAAUAACUUAAAGAGGAUUUUAUAGGGGAAAAAUAAGAAUAACAAAUGAAUACUUUAUGUUUGAGAAUUUUGGUUUAGAUGUUUAAUUUUAAGAAGUUUAGUAUAAAUUUUAGAAAGAUAGUUUAUUAAAGUCAGAAAAACAAAAAUUGAUUCCAUUAUCUUAAAUAAAGGAGGUAUUUCCAAGAAGUUAUUUAGCAUAACCAAUAGCAAUAGAACUAUUUACAAAUAAUAACAAGACCUAUUUAUUUAAUUUGUUUGGUUAAAGAUAAACAGUGAUGAAAAUAUUAUCAUAAAAUUGUAAUGUAAUAAUGAAUCCAAGUGAAUAGAUUAAAAAGAGUGGUAUAAUAGAGAAGUGGAAGAGAGGUGAUAUAACUAAUUUCUAAUAUUUGAUUGAAGUUAAUAAGUAUGGAGGUAGAACUUAUAAUGAUUUAAAUUAAUAUCCAAUAUUUCCAUGGGUGAUUGCAAAUUAUAUAGAUUUUGAUAUUUAAAAUAAAGAUCAUUAUAGAAAAUUAGAUAUUCCUAUUGGAGCAAUAAAUUAAAAGAGAUUGGAGAAUUUUUUAGAAAGAUUUAAGUAGGCAAAUCCAGAUGAUAUGAAUAUGUAUUUUAAUUAUGGAACUCAUUAUUCACAUAGUGCUAUAGUGAUGAGUUUUUUAAUGAGAAUGGAACCAUUUGCAUCACUUCAUUAAGAAUUGUAAUCUGGAAGAUUUGAUUAAGCAGAUAGAUUAUUUCAUUCUUUAGAAUAGUAAUGGCAUUCUGUUACAAAUUCAAGUAGUGAUGUUAAAGAAUUAAUACCAGAGUUCUAUUACUUUAGUGAAUUUUUAAAAAAUAAAAAUAAAUUUGAUUUAGGAUAACUUCAAUCAGGAACUAUUGUAAGUGAUGUAACAUUGCCAUAAUUUAUUAAUACUAAUAGUCCAGAAGAAAUGAUAUUUUUAAAUCGAUUAGUUUUAGAAAGUGAUUUUGUAAGUUUUAAUUUACAUAAUUGGAUAGAUUUAAUUUUUGGAUACAAAAGCGGAUUGAAUGCUUAGAAAUAUAAUAAUUUAUUUCAUCGAUUAACAUAUAGUAAUUAUGUAUAGUAAUUAUUGGAGAAAACUGAUGAUGAAUUAUUAAAAGAAUAAUAUAUUACUUAAGUAUAUUACUAUGGUUAAACUCCUUUGUAAUUAUUUAAAAAGGAUCAUCCAAUUAAAUAAUAUUCAAAAUUGAAUGAUUAAAAUCCAUUAUUAAAAUUUUAAUAGAUUACAUUGAUGAUAAACAAAACUAAUAUCGAAAUUGAACAACUCUAUUGUAAUGAUAAAUAUUUAGUAUUAAUAACAAAUGAAUAAGAAAUACAUGUUUUUAAUGUAGAACAUAGAAUAACUAGUCAUAAAAUACCUAAAGAUUUUGGUAGUUAAGAAGCAAAACAAAUAAAAUUUAAUCCAGAUAACAAUUUUCUAUUAUUUGAUGAUUCUUUAGUAGUUGCCGGAUACACAGAUAAUUCUGUAAAAGUCUAUUCUCUUAAAGAUCUCAAACAAACAUGUUCUGUAUUAUUCCAUACAAAAGUAGUUACCUGCUUAGGUAAAAGUACUACUUAAUUAUUAUGUGGAAGUCGAGAUACAAGAAUAUCAGUUUGGGAAUGGACUUUAUCACAUUAACCUGAAUUCAUUUUAUAUGGACAUUAAAAUGAAGUCUCAAUUAUUUAAGUUAAUUCAACUUUACAAAUUAUUUUAAGUUAUGAUAUUAAAGGAGAUAUUUUAAUCCACACUCUAAAAGGAGCAUUUCUUAAAUUGAUUGAAACUUCUAUUCUUUAUAAUGAUUAUCCUUAGAUUAAAAUUCAUCCCUCUGGAUUUAUUUUAAUUUCCUAAUCCAAAUAAUUAAUUAUAUACACUUUACAAGGUGAAUUAUUCCUUUCAAGAAUUUUAUUAGAUCAUAUUAUAACUAUCAAUAUUAUAAAUGAGUAUUCCCCUGAAAUUGUAAUAUUUAUUUUUUUAUAUACAUUUUAGUUAAUCCUCACUUUUGAUGGAGCUAUUUUUGUCACAUCUAUUAUUUAACUGAAAAAGACUGAUGAUUUUAAUCAAUAUUGUCUUAAGAAAUAUAAAUUAGACGAUAUGGAAAUCAAAAUGGAAACAAAUUAGUUGAAAAAAGCUAAAGAAUUAAUUAACACUAAAAAUUUAGAAUUCUUGAGUACUCCAAUUGCAUGCAGCUAAUUUAUCUAACGUAAUAUUCAUUUAAAAUAUAGUUAAUACUCAUAGAGUUCUUAUUAUUGGUUAUCAAAAUGGAUAAAUAAUAUCAUUAUAUGAAUUACCAAGAACAACUAGUUUAUUAUGA